AACCCAAGUCUUUGAAAUCCAAAUCCUCCAUUUUAGUCAUGAAGACAAUCCCAAUACAACCUUUUCUCCUCCCCCUCCUUUUAUUCAUCUCCCUCUCCUUUUUGGAAGCCGGAGCACAGAGCGAAGCGCAAGCUCUUCUCAAAUGGAAGUCCCACUUGUUUCAGCCAGAUGCUCUGAGCUCAUGGUCCCUUGCCAACUCUACCACCCCGUGCACGUGGUUUGGUGUCUACUGUAGCAACUCCGCAGGCAGCAUCGUGCGGCUGAGCUUACCCAAUGCCAACCUCAACGGCACCCUCUAUGAAUUAGACUUUGCUUCUCUGCCCAGCCUCACCAAGCUCAACCUCAGUGCCAACCUCCUCUGUGGCCCCAUUCCUUCAAACAUCUCUGCUCUCUCCAACCUUACCUCAUUGGAUCUCAGCUUCAACGACUUUGAAUUUUCCAUUCCCCCGGAGAUUGGGAGGCUGGCCGACUUGCAGCAAUUGGAUCUAUCGGGAAAUUCACUUGGUGGUCCAAUCCCUCCAGAGAUUGGAAGGCUGGCCGACUUGCAGCAAUUGGAUCUAUCAGGAAAUUCACUUAGUGGUCCGAUCCCACCAGAGAUUGGAAGGCUGGCCGACUUGCAGCAAUUGGAUCUAUCAGAAAAUUCACUUGGUAGUCCAAUCCCUCUAGAGAUUGGGAGGCUAGCCGACUUGCAGCAAUUGAAUCUAUCGAGAAGUCAACUUAGUGGUCCAAUCCCUCCAGAGAUUGGGAGGCUGGCCCACUUGCAGCAAUUGGAUCUAUCGAUGAAUUCACUUAUUGGUCCAAUCCCUUCGGAUAUUGGGAGGCUGGCCGACUUAAAGCAAUUGGAUCUAUCAGAAAAUGUUCUCACCGGUCCAAUCCCUCGGACAAUAGGAAACCUCACACAGCUCACUUCCCUGGCCCUCUACACCAACAACUUGAACGGCACAAUCCCAGCAGAGAUCGGAAACAUGACGGCACUGACUAGCUUUGACCUCUCCUACAAUCAAUUGGAGGGUGAGCUGCCGGACACCAUUGCUCAGCUUCCAAAUCUUGAGUUUAUUUCGGUCUCAUACAACAACCUCGACGGUCGCAUCCCUCGACACCUCGGCCAAAAUGGGCAUUUGAAACGUGUCGAAUUUUCAAACAAUAGCUUCUCAGGGGAAUUGCCUCCAGAUUUAUGUAAGGGCUUUGCUCUUCAGCAAGUCACAGUGGAUAACAACAACUUCACAGGCUUCCUGCCAGCUUGCUUGCGCAACUGCUCGAAACUAGUCCGAGUCGAGUUGGAGUGGAACCACUUCACUGGAAACAUAUCAGAAGCUUUUAGCAUCCAUCCUGCGCUAAGCUACUUGGAUCUCAUCGGCAAUCAGUUGACGGGCACGCUGUCUCCAGACUGGGGGGAAUGCAAGAAUCUCACUUACCUGCACGUGGAUGGCAACAACAUCUCUGGUGACAUUCCAGCGGCAUUCGGGAAGAUGACCAACUUGCAAGACCUGAGCUUAGCUUUCAACUUUUUGUCCGGAAUAGUCCCACCUCAACUGGGGAAUUUGAGUUUCUUAAACAGUCUCAACUUGAUCAGUAGUAAUCAGUUAUCAGGGUCGAUUCCUUCGGAGUUAGGUGAUGCUGCCCAGCUUACUUCUCUCGAUCUCUCAGCAAACAAACUCAAUGGUCCAAUACCAACCGAGCUUGGUAAGUUGAAAAAUCUUACACUGUUGGAUUUAAGCAGAAAUGACCUAUCUGGAGAGAUACCGUAUCAGCUUGGUAAUUUGGUGGAUCUUCAAUUCCUGUUAGAUUUGAGCAGCAAUUCUCUCUCUGGGAUGAUUCCGAGAUCGAUAGGUUCGUUGUCUUCGCUCGAAUCACUGCACUUGAACAAUAAUAGUUUGAUUGGAGAAAUACCUUUGUCAUUGAAGAACUGCAAUCAAUUGGUCGUUUUGGACCUUGGGGAGAACAAAAUUCAUGGAAAUAUUCCAAAUUGGUUGGGAGAGAGGCUUUCAUCAUUGAGGAUCCUUCGUCUAAGUUCGAACAUGUUAAGUGGUAGCAUUCCUGCUCAGCUAUCACUUCUAUCUUCACUUCAGCUCUUAGACCUCGCACAUAAUAAUAUCUCAGGAAGUAUUCCGCAGGGUUUGGGCAAUCUUACUGCAAUGGUGGAUAGUGCUCAAAAAGAAGAAAUAAAAAUGCAAUCCAAUUCCGACAAUCUCAUACCUUGCAGCUAUCGUGGAGCCAGUUACUACAACUGUAGACCCUUCGCCCAGGCUAACCCCUACUCUCGUGACUGUUCAACCAUUACUCGCUGCCGUGGAUCCUUUCACCCCAGUGACUCCUUUUACUACAGUGAGAGCGUUUCUGUAAUAUGGAAAGGAAGAGAGGCUGUUUUUCAAAGAACUCUUUCACUAAUGGUGGGAAUCGACCUUUCAGGCAAUCAUCUCUGUCAUGAGAUCCCCACAGAGCUAACAAAUCUUUCUGGGCUUCUUUUUCUGAAUCUCUCGAGGAAUCUUUUGGAUGGAAGUAUUCCAAAGUUGAUUGGUAACUUGAACAAUCUAGAAGCUCUUGAUUUGUCCCGGAAUUACUUGUCAGGUACAAUUCCUAAAAGCAUCUCUUCUCUGACAUUCUUGGAUUUUUUAAACUUAUCAAACAACCACUUGUCGGGACGGAUACCAUCUGGCGAUCAACUACAAACACUUGAUGAUCCAUCAAUCUAUAGCGGCAAUGAUGAACUUUGUGGAUUUCCACUGACCAAAAAUUGUUCGAAUGAACAAGCAUCUAAUGUUCAAUUGUCAACUCCUGAUGAUGGUGAUGAAAAAUUAUGGUUGUAUCUUAGCAUGGGACCAGGAUUUGUGGUGGGAUUUUGGGGGUUCUUUGGUAUUUUAUUCUUUACGAGAUCCUUGAGGCUUGCCUAUUUCCGAUACAUUGAUGAUAUAUAUGAUAGGUUCUCUAGGAUAUCAGUGAGGAGCAUGUAAGGACUGCAGACUCUCUCUUUCUCUCUCUCUCUCUCUCUUCUUCCUUUACUUUUUAAUUUUCAUUUUUAUUUUAUGUAACGUAAAGAUGGAAGA